UGUCAGCUCAGUAUCAUUUGCCACAUUAUUUCCUCAUGGAACAGUGAAAGGAAGAUACACUGCAACAAUUAACGAAGAAAAGUGGAUGGUCGGCAUUCCUUAAUUUUUGGAUUUCUUUUCCACCUGCCCAAUGGCUUUCUUCAAGCAGUCCUGUACCUGGGUCCUUUUCUUCUUGCUGUCAGCAAUUCAUGUUCAGGCACAGAAUUCAGAUUGUGGUGUGCAAGAUAAUGUUGUUAAUAUCCAAGAGAAUAAUCCUCCUGGGGCUUUGAUUACCAACAUUAACGCAGCUGUCGGUGUCACAGUAAGAAUUAACCCAUUGGUAUUGAAUGGUGACCAGUUUGAGAUUCAGAACUCACAACUGCUCCUGAAAAAUUCAGUGGAUUAUGAGGUUUCAACAGCGCUAGUUGUAGAACUGCAGUGCUUCAGAGCGGAUAUAGUCGUAAAUAGUAUUACUGUUGUAGUGAACAUAAUCGAUGUGAAUGACAACCCUCCUGUGUUUCCAGAAACCAACAUCACUGUCAAUGUUCGAGAGGAUAUAGCAGUGAACACGACUGUCGUGCCCCAGGCUAAUGUAACAGCUAAGGACGCUGACAAAGACACAAUAUAUUACAACCUUACAGCAGAUCCGCCAGUAGGACUGGAGUAUUUUAACAUUGAAGGAGUUAAUAACCCGCAAAUUUACUUGCUCAAAACCUUGGAUUAUGAAAAAAUUAACUACAUGCAGUUUGUCUUAUAUGCUAUGGAUGGGAAGGCCGGUGAAGCUCCACACACAGCCACUGCAACAAUAACCAUACAUAUCCUGCAGGCUGACCGGAGACCUCCUUGGUUCCAGCCAUGCACUACUUUUGGAGGGAAUAUAAUAUGCAUCAACAAGGGCUACACUGGCAAGGUCAACAUCUCAGAGAAUAUGAAUGAGUCUUUGGUCUUGGAGCCAGGACCCCUCUAUGCUAUUGAUGGGGACAGAGAUUUGAAUGAAAAAGUAGAGUAUGCAAUUGCUGAUGGAAAUGAUGGCACGUUCUCAAUAGACAAGGAUUCUGGGGAAAUAACAAUGAACAAGACUGUUAACACUCUGAAGACUUUCAUGUUGUAUGUUGUGGCUUUCCAGACCAACAAUCCAUACAGAUAUUCCCAAACAACAGUGGAAAUCAAGGUUGUGCGUAGAAAUGACCACAAGCCAUACUUUGAGAAAUCCCUUUAUGCAGGAACUGUGUCUGUUGGCCUGCCUGUUCCCAGCCUGGUCAUGGAGGCUGGGAGACCUUCAGUGCCCCUACGCAUCUUUGCUGCGGAUGAUGACUUCACUGAUAAAUUCAAUCCUGAUAUCAAAUACCAAAUCCAAAACAGCACAAAUUUCACAGUUACCGUAGAUGGCUUUCUCCUGACUGCUGUAGUUUUGGAUGUGGCCUCCACCGUCACCCUUUUGGCUAUUGCUAAUGACACAGCUACUCUGCAAGAGGACAGCACCCUGAUAACUGUAGAUGUCAAGCCUUUAGAAACUCCAACCAUUCUUCCUACAGCCAUCACUACCACAGGGGCAGGGACCACUAUUUCAGAUAUUUCAGAUUUACCACCUGGGACAAUCACUACUCUUCCUAUAACACCUUCUGCAAGUACAAGCAGGAAUACUGCCAUUACAGAGAAGCCUGCAACAGGCCCAACAUCUGACUCAGUCAUCCCUCCUUUUGUAACUACAACAAAGUCUCCCAUAAUCACAGGUAGCACUUUAGAACCCCAGACCGCCAGUUCUCCCAUCACUGGGAUAAGCCAAGCAACAGAUAGGACUGAUGAAUCUACUGCUGAAACAACUUUUCAGUCUGGAGUAACUGAGCCUUCCAUAUCCACGGCAACAGGGGGAACGGUCCAAACUGUUACUUCAGCUUCUUCUCAGACUGCAACCACCACCACACAUCCCAUAAUCCCUUCUCAGGCUGGAACUACCACAAAGCAUCCCAUAACAGGUGAGACCCCAGCAACAGACAAGCGGUCGACUGCAAAUACACCUCAGGCUGGAACUACCACAAAGCAUCCCAUAACAGGUGAGAGCCCAGCAACAGAUGAUAUAGGGCAAGCUACUACUAAGGCACCUCAGACAGAAACCACCAAAGUAACUGAUACGACUGUUUCUUCCACUGUUCCAACACCUCUCUAUAAUGGAACAACCACCUAUGCCACAGGAGAUGCAACUAGAACAAUCACCCUAUCGAUAACAACUUUAUCUUCUGGCAACCAAACGACGUCCAUGCCACCAGAACAGAGUUGUCAGUAUAGAACAGAGGACAUGGCUGCUGUGGGCACCACUUUGGGAUGUUUACUGCUAGUCACAUUAGUGCUGCUUGGACUGGUCUCCUACAAGUACUACAAACUAAAACAAAGAUAUGGAGAAGACAGCGAAUCUGUUAAAGGCUUGAUCAACAGCAGCUUUGAAAGCGAUGAGAAACCUAACUCAGGUGGAAAGGAGGAUAAGUUGCCAGCAAGUGUGAAGUCUGAAGACGACAAACCGGUUGCAGAGAAGCGGUCAGGCACCCUGCCUCCUUUGGAGGAGACAGCGGAAAGCAGCCAGGAAUCAGCAGCUUCUGAAACGAACAAGGAAGGUGAAGAAGGCAACGGCGACACAGACAGUGAAAAGGAAGUAAGAUCCAUCCUCACUAAAGACAGAAGGAUGUCAGACGAUGGCUACAAAGCAGUGUGGUUUAAAGAAGACAUUGACCCAGAAGCUAAGGAUGAUGUUUUGAUGAUUGAAAAUGACAGCGAUACAGAACAGAAAGGGAAUGAGAGUGACAGUGACAAUGCUGAUGGCCAGGCUGAUGACAAUGAAGUUGGCGAUAGUGGCAGAGGUGGCAGUGACAGGUCCUUCACUCUAGGAAGAGCUCAACUCCCAGAAAUUGAUUCUACUGAUGAUCUUCAGGACACAGAAGGAGAUGGUGUUUUUUUGUAGGUGAAAUAUUGUCCAGGAUUCUGUGAUAGAGCUGACUGUUUUAAACUAUGUUCUGACCAAGCUUCUGCAGCUUCUUCCUAUGACCUCGGCCAAUUAAUGAGCAGCAUUCACCGGGAAGGGCAGUGUGCAACCUUGUCUCUUUGGUAAUAUAUCACACCUUCCCCAAGCAUAAAGCUGAUAGAUAACAACAUCUUACGGAAUUGUUAGGAUCAUUCAACUCAAGUAUGAUAAUUAAUAUACAGCAGCCAGGACCAACCCAAAACAGUUUGAUCCCUGAGGCAGCCAAUUCAAAUGGAGCCACCACCUUCCAACACAAAAUAGGAAAUGGCUUGUAGAAGAUGUACCUGUUAUCACCGGCACAGUGAGCUCAGCUAGGGUUGCUGCUAGUUUACUUCUAAGCAAUGGCUGCUGUUCCACUGGUGCUAAUCCUGCUAGUAUCUUUGGACUCAUAUUGUUCAACAUAGAGAUGUCCAGCUUGGUGUGAUCCAAGCUAAAACCAACAUCUGGAAGAACGUAAUAAUAAUAAUAAUAAUAAUAAUAAUAAUAAUAAUAGUUUUAUUAUUCCCCCCCCGCCCAUCUGGAAUAAGCUCUUUAAUGAGCAAAGCUGGGAUAGUAUUUACAGAAGUGUUGUUUCAAACCAGGAGAAACAUAGUGCUAGUAGUUUAUGGGAUUGCCAUCUCCUUCACAAAUGUCUAAUUGUGUCAGGACUGCCAAUAUGGUCCACUGGGUGGGCCUGAAUUCAUCCCACUUCCACCAUGGAUUGCCGGGGAUAAGCUACUUCAAGUCUUCACAUGACAUGUGGGCUGCUGCAAAGUUGGUAACAAACUAACAGUGCCCUUUGACUACUCAGAAAUAAGGCACACUGAAUUCAAUGGGGAUUACUUCCAGAUGAGUAUAGGAUUGCAGCCUAUGGUUGUGAUAAUGACCUUAUUUUUUCUCUUUUUUCUUUUCAUAUUUUUUAACAUUAUAAACAUCCAUUCAAACCAAAUAACACUGAUACAAACUUGGGGUUCUCUGAACCCCCAGACUUCACCACGCACCCCGGUUUUCAAAAUGUACAUUUAAAAAAAAAUCUUUACCGCAUUUGAUUACAUUUAUCUAAUUUUGGUUUAAUCUUUUUUUUUUAGUCUUUUGUUUUUUGCAGAUUACAAGUUUUGUGAAAAUCCUACUAACGUCUUUGUUUCCAAUAUUCUUUAAUAUAAUCUAUGUACUUUUUCCAUUCUGUAUUAAAUUUGUUUUCUUCUUGGUGUCUGAUUCUUCCAGUCAUCUUUGCCAUUUCAGCGUAUUCCAUUGUCUUCAUAAUCCACUCUUCUUUAGCUGGUGUUUUCUCUUCCAUCCCUGGGCGUAAAGCAUUCUUAUCAUGACCUCGUUAAAUUAGAAAAGGUUUAAAGGGAACUUGUGGUCCACCACAUAUUGCUGUACAGCUCCCUUCAUCCUUUACGUUUCGCCAUGCUGGUUGAGGCUGGUGUGACUGGAGUCCAACAACAUCUCCCAACAAGGCUCCCAACACCUGCCCUAGAAAUGAUGAGGAAUGGGGCUUACUUCUAAGUAAGUAAGCAUAGAAUUGUGCUGCAGAACUGCUGUUAUUUUCCAUGACGUUUAUUCAAGGUAUUGCAGUUUUUAUUCUAUAAGGCGAAGUCAAACAUUUGAUUCUAUGGCCACCAACAGUUUCACAAAGCUCUUCUCUUAAAGCAUUAAACAAACAGGAGGAGACAGAGAAACAUCAUAUUGCCAUUCUUUACGUGCAUAAUUUGCAAGGGAUCAAUUUCAAAAUGAUGACCUGGUGCUAUACAAGGAUGGUACCAUGGUGUAUUACACUAACAAAAUUAAAUAAA